CAAGUCGUCCGUGCCGUGCCAGCCCGGGUCAGUGCACAUCCAGUCACAGGAGAGCUAACACUGCAAGGUCAUCGAUGUCUCACCAGUGCUUCCCCCGUCCCGCCUACUACGUCACCCUGUUCACCCUUCUUCUGAUAGCCAGUCCCAUCGGCAGCAGUCACGACAUCCACAAAGCUGGUGAGAACCGCCCUCCGCCCAAGGAACAUCCUUUCCACCGUCGCUACAACCAAUACAACCCUAAACGGUCCGUAAGGACACCUAUCGCCCUGUCCUCCCUGGGAGGUCCCACUUCCUUGUCGUCUUCAUCCAACCGCAUGCUCUUAGUAGACCUGUCGGCCCUCAACCACCGUGCGGCCAUUGGAGCAGCAACCAAGAUGGCGACGACACCCUACGAAGACUACUUCACAUCAUCGGCGUACGACUCUAGCGACCCCUGGGAAGAAAGUUUCGGGUCUGAGGACCGCUCGCAGCGACGUCAACGUUCACGCGAAGACGAAUAUGACUAUCGGCUGAACGAGAUCGGUUCCAGCGAUCGUCUUUUAGUUCCGUACACGAAUGAAAACGCGGUUGGCCUCCACUAUGCUACGCUCCCGUUCCUCGAAGGCAUAUUAACAUUGCAAGGCAGUCGCGAGGACGCUCUUACUGACUUCCUCCAGGAACGCCUUGGCUCUCGAGAUUCCAAGCGAAGCGUCUUUGUCUCGCAAAGCUGGCUUCCCGGAGGUCAUCCCGAACCGCGCAGGAAGAAUUCUCACCGCAGGCCACAGGGAAAAGGUCGUAAAAGCUUCAACCACCAGGGCCCGCCCUCUUUGCCGUUCAUUUUCUCUUCGAAAGGGUGGCACCCAGGAGGGCGAAAGCGCAGGUCCACUGACGACCCACCGUGGCCAAAGAGGGACAUCUUCUUCUCGAGAGGUUGGGGAGCUGCUGGAGAUCCCUUGCACUAUCCGCAAAAAAAGCCGGCGCCACUCGAAGGCGCCGAGGGAACGCCAGAGACGAUUGAACGAGUGCUUGAACCACCUGUAGGUCAGGCAAGAGCUUCGGCACUCGUGUCUGAUGUAGCGCCAGACACAGCACGUUCGCACAAGCGGCCACGGAAUCACUGGGGUAUACCACACCUGUUCGGUCCUUACUGGUGACUCGCAGCGAGCUACGUCCAGAAAGGAAUGACUGCUGUACAUGACAUACCAUUGCCCUGUUCAUGUCUUCAGCUGUGCCUCCUCUGAGCAUCGUCCUUAUAUGUCUUUUAAAAGCGUUUUAGCAGCCUGUAACUCUAGACACCUCAAGUGUCUUCGGGGAGGCGAACAACGUUUAAAAAGGUCGCCCUUCUACCAACUGAGUGAAUUUGGCGAUGUGUAAUGAUUGGCGUAGUAAUACUGGAAACAUCGAGUCGGCAUCGGCGCGACAGUCGCAGACUGACUGAGACGUGCCAGCGACACAGAAACUCACAGUUCAGGAAACGAAACUUCCUCAGCGUACGGCAUAACCAAUUAGCACAUACGUUUCCAAGCAAUCUCAGCAGUCUGCAGAAAUGCUGAUCGAUCAUGUUUCUGGAAGCAACGAUGACGAAAUUAUUAACGAGCAUUUAUCGGACGCGUUUCUGUUGCUGUGUUUGUCGCCUUUCCAUGAAUACAAUACACGGCAUUUUUGCAACUGUUACGUGAAUAAAUUGUCACCCACUUUGGGGCAGCGGCGAC